AUGAUUCUCUAUCUUCUUGUGGUUGCCCUGGUGGCACAUUCCGAUGUUUCCCCGGACACCACAAAAACAUUGACCUCACAACUGCAUGAGUUCCAACUGAAUAACUCUGGUGGAGUGAUGUCGGCAUUGGAUAUGAUGCCAAAGGUUUUUUUGAAUGCUCCAAGAAAAUACAAACCGGAUGAAUCCUUCGAAAUCGGAAACUUGAGAUACAAAUGUCAGAAUUACGGAGUUUAUACAAUUGAAGGAUGCAAACGAAAAGACGGAACUGAGAUGAAAUUGGGAGAGUCUGUGGUGAUUGACAAUGUGAAACAUCAGUGUCUAGGAAUGGGGUCCUCGGUUUUUUAUAAGGAAACGACUUGUGGAGUAAUGGGACAACCAGAAUGUGACAAGAUUCCAUUGCCGAAAGGGUUCGAGGAGGCGAUGAAGAGAAAUGGAGGAAAGACUGAAACACAGGGUGAAACCUCGGUUGACGGAGUGAAUCUUCCAAAAGGAUGGUCAUUGGUUGACGGUGGAAAGAAGCAGAUAACUGGAACAAAUGCAUCAGUUGUCACUCAUAUUCUCAUGUUCAACCCAACACAGACAAGAGUUCGAAGAGAUGGAUUCAAUGGGAAAGGUGUUGGAAAAGGCACUUUGGAGAAGGUCCCAGAGCCAGCUGGGAAGACAAAUUUGGAGAAAUUCGAUGAAGGAUUGGAGUCGGAUAAAAAGGAAUAUGUUCAGAAGAGAGCUGAAAUUGCUCCGAUUCCAAGUAAUUCCACUGAUAAUCUGACCGAAGAAGACAUGAAAAUGAUGGAUCAAUUCAACAAGACAAUGGAGGCUGACGAGGAAAUGCAAAGAAGCAAUGAGACGGUUCUUGGAAUCGACACUUUCGGAGCACAGGGAAUCUGA